CAACGGAGCACACAAUCAUCCACGGCUCAUAAUUCAUCCUCACACACUUUGCAAUCUCGGCCUUUCGACCUCGACUUUCGUUUCCCGCCCUCUCGAUAUACAUCAACACACUCCAGCCAAACACCCGCACACAGCUUGUACAAUUUCUUACGUCUCCACCCAAAUAUCAGCAUAAUGUCUUAUAACACCAACCAGUGGCAAAACAAGCUGGCGGACGCAUGCCAGAGCUACCAGAUGCCUCUUCCGGUAUAUCACGUUGUUUCGGACCGGAGAGGCGGCCGUACUGCUUGGUCUUGCCGUGUGGAAGUAGGCGGAGAGCUUAUCCAAGCCAGGUUUUGGUUCGACGGCAAGAACCUCGAAAAUGCCAAAGAGGAUGCCGCUGAACUGGCUUUGAGCCGCCUCACCAGCACGAGAUCGCCAUCAUCGGCAACUAGCCGGGGUAGCAUCUGGUGA